AUGGUCUCGGCUUGGUUCUUGGCCAAGGCAUUUGUGGCAUUUGCGCCACUUGCGAGCGUGUACGCGCAGUAUAACACUACGAAAACUUUCCCGUCGCUUCUCGAUGCUACCGCGGAUGAAUUGACUGCUGGAUUGGCUGCUGGAGCCUUUACAAGCUUGGACCUGGUACAAGCUUACGUCGGACGUAUCAUCGAAGUCAACAAGACGCUUCACAUGGUUGUUGAGAUUAAUCCAGAUGCAUGGACCAUCGCAAAAGAGCUGGAUGAGGAGCGCGCUCGCGGAAAGUUGAGAGGUCCUCUUCAUGGCCUCCCUGUGCUCAUCAAGAACAACAUUGCCACUGCCGACCAGAUGAACAACACAGCUGGCUCGUGGUCUCUGAUCGGAGCAAAGGUCCCACGUGAUGCCACUGUUGCUGCUAAAUUGCGCCAAGCAGGUGCCAUCAUCCUAGGCAAGACGAAUCUUUCGCAGUGGGCCAACUUUCGAUCAUCCAACUCUUCGAAUGGCUGGUCUGCGCAGGGCGGUCAAACUUAUGGCGCUUAUUACCCGGGUCAAGACCCUAGCGGCAGCAGCAGUGGCAGUGGUGUCGCGGCUAGCAUAGGUCUGGCUUUUGGAUCUCUGGGUACUGAAACCGACGGAUCUAUCCUUUCGCCUAGUCAGGUGAACAAUAUCGUCGGCAUCAAGCCUAGCGUCGGUCUCACCAGUCGUUCACUUGUCAUUCCCAUCUCGGAGCACCAGGAUACGGUUGGACCAAUGGCUCGCACGGUCAAGGAUGCAGCCUACAUUCUACAAGCCAUUGCUGGCCCCGAUCAGUAUGACAACUACACUUCUGCUAUUCCUUGGGCCAUGAACACAACCAAUGCGACGAAGCCCGACUAUGUCUCGGCCUGCAGGCUCAAUGCUCUUGAGGGCAAACGCAUUGGUGUCCCGCGCAAUGCGAUUGGCAUUCCCAGCACCUCUUCGUCGCCACUCUACGCUGCCUUUGAAGCUGCCCUUGAUGUUCUCCGCUCGGCUGGCGCUACUAUAGUCGAAGGAACAAACUAUACCGCUUGGGACCAGUACAUUCAAUCCAACGCAGAGAAUGUCAUUCUAAGUGGCGAUUUCGCGCCCAACCUUGCCAGCUACCUGGAACAACUGAGCUACAACCCCAACAAAGUCAAUACUUUGGAAGAGGUGCGACAGUUUACCCGUACAUUCCCCGCCGAAGACUAUCCAGACAGAGAUACCGCGGAAUUCGACACUUCAAUUGCACAGUCGCAAAACUUUAGCAACACGGACGCAGAGUUCUGGGCGGCUUACCAGGAAGAUCUCUACCUGGGCGGCGAAGGCGGUCUCCUUGGUGCUCUGUCAAGGCACAAUCUCGACGCGGUAGUCGUUCCAACGCUCUGGGCAUCUGGUAUAUCAGCCAUUAUUGGCGGACCUGUAGUCACUGUACCUCUGGGAGCGUAUCCAUCUAACACCACUGUUAUCACGAACUCCCGGGGCGACCUGAAUGCCACAGCCCCGAAUAUUCCGUUUGGCAUCUCCUUUGCAGGUGCACUGUGGAGUGAAGAGAGCCUGAUUGGGUUUGCGUAUGCGUUUGAGCAAAGAACCAUGGUUAGGAAGACGGUGAAGCCGUAUAUCAAGCCGAGCAUUGAGAUUGAGAAUGUCGUUGGCAGCUACUAG